AUGUCGGGUGGACUGGGACAAAGAUGUGUCCCUAGCGGGGAACAUCUAGAAGAGAAACAAUCGAUCGCUCAGGUUAAGCGAAACGAUAAUCCUAGAUCGACUGGAGAGUCUUUCGUAGAGGAUCUCGCUGUGGUUGCGCAACCCCAGCUAGAGGAAGUAAAGGGAAUAAGUCCCAAGAUUACAAAUACGGCGGAAAUAAGUUCCCCGAAACCCGCGGGAAUAAGUCCCCGGGAAGAAGAAGGAAUAAGUCCUUCGAAGCCUGAGGGAAUAAGUCCCCAGGAAAUGACAGAGACAUUGAAUGUCCUAGUCAAUAACGGAUCAAGUGUAGGCGCUUAUACACUUGAUCUGAUUGCGCCUCCGAAGUUGACUUCGGAGAUCACUCAGUUGCCAACGCUCGAACAUAAAAGGUUCUUGCGUGAUCUGCGUAGUGGCAAAGUCAAGCAGAUCUGCGUACUCGUCGCUGACGACGAGUGUGUAACCGACAUAAGGUCAGCAACAGUGUUUACUGAGAACGAGAGAGUUCUCAGUAGUUCAUCUAUGGAAGAGAGUGUCCUAGAUGAAAAGACACGAGUUGAGCGAUAUGACUCCCAAUCGUGGGAAUCGCUCAAGAAAAAUCCUCUCUAUGAAGAUUUGGUUGAAUUCAAGGAUGUAUUCCCUGAAACUGUUCCGUGCGAAUUACCGCAGGAUAAAGGUAUUCGACACGAGGUCGAGCUUAAACCAGGCUCGAAGUACUGUGUCAUGAAGCAGUGGCCACUGCCUCGUGAACAAGUACUUGCGAUCGACAAGUUCUUUGCCGAUCGUUUAGCUGCGGGCCAUGUGAGGGAAUCAACUUCCCCACAUAGCUCUCCGACCUUCUGUGUGCGAAAAGCAACAGGAGGGUGGCGGAUUGUGCAUGCAUUUAACAAGUUGAACGCUGCAACAGUACCGGCUCAGACGCCGAUACCGAGGAAGGACGUAAUCAUUGAUGGUAUGUCAAAGAACACCAUCUUUUCGUCCAUGGAUUUGAUGGAUGGCUUCUAUCAAAUCCUUAUGCGGGAACGGGAUAUAUCCUAUACCGCAGUUAGCACGCCUAGCGGCAUGCUCUGGGAAUGGCUAGUAAUGCCACAAGGGCUCAGUAAUGCCCCUGCCACGUUCAACAGAUGUGUAUCACAUCUGUUGAGACCAGUAUGA